UCCUUCCCAGGCACAGCGGCACAGCGUGCCUCGGACACCAGCCCGGCCUCUGUUUCUGCUCCCUCCUGACAGGCCAGUCAGGAUCAAAGCAUACCAGCAAGCAGCAUGGCUACAAAGUGUGAGAAGUGUGGACCGGGCUACCCUACCCCUCUGGAGGCCAUGAAAGGACCCAGGGAAGAGAUUAUCUACCUGCCCUGUAUUUACCGAAACACAGGCAUUGAGGCCCCGGAUUAUUUGGCCACCGUGGACGUUGACCCCAAGUCUCCCCACUAUUGCCAGGUCAUCCACCGGCUGCCCAUGCCCAACCUGAAGGACGAACUGCAUCACUCAGGAUGGAACACCUGCAGCAGCUGCUUCGGGGACAGCACCAAGUCCCGCACCAAGCUGAUGCUGCCCUGUCUCAUGUCCUCCCGCAUCUAUGUGGUGGAUGUGGGCUCCGAGCCCCGUGCCCCAAAGCUACACAAGGUCAUUGAGGCUGAAGACAUCCAUGCCAAGUGUGACCUGGGCUACGUCCAUACCAGCCACUGCCUGGCUAGCGGGGAGGUGAUGGUCAGCUCCCUGGGAGACCCCAAGGGCAAUGGCAAAGGGGGUUUCGUGCUGCUGGAUGGAGAGACAUUCGAGGUGAAGGGAACAUGGGAACGGCCUGGGGGCGCUGCACCCAUGGGCUAUGACUUCUGGUACCAGCCUCGACACAAUGUCAUGAUCAGCAGUGAAUGGGCGGCUCCCAAUGUCUUUCGAGAUGGCUUCAACCCCGCUGAUGUAGAGGCAGGGCUGUAUGGAAGCCAUUUACACGUGUGGGACUGGCAGCGCCAUGAGAUCGUGCAGACCCUGCCCCUGCAGGACGGGCUCAUCCCCCUGGAGGUCCGCUUCCUGCACAACCCAGACGCGGCCCAGGGCUUCGUGGGCUGUGCCCUCAGCUCCACCAUCCAGCGCUUCUACAAGAAUCAGGGAGGUACUUGGUCAGUGGAGAAGGUCAUCCAGGUGCCCCCCAAGAAAGUGAAGGGCUGGAUGCUGCCCGAAAUGCCCGGUCUGAUCACCGACAUCCUGCUAUCUCUGGAUGACCGCUUCCUCUACUUCAGCAACUGGCUGCACGGGGACCUGCGGCAGUAUGACAUCUCUGACCCUCAGAGGCCCCGCCUCACGGGACAGCUCUUCCUUGGGGGCAGCAUUGUUAAGGGAGGGCCCGUGCAAGUGCUGGAGGACCAGGAGCUAAAAUCCCAGCCAGAGCCCCUGGUGGUCAAGGGGAAACGGGUACCCGGAGGCCCUCAGAUGAUCCAGCUGAGCCUAGACGGGAAACGUCUGUACGUCACCACAUCUCUGUACAGUGCCUGGGACAAGCAGUUUUACCCUGAUCUCAUCAGGGAAGGCUCUGUGAUGCUGCAGAUCGAUGUAGACACAGUAAAGGGAGGCCUGAAGUUGAACCCCAACUUCCUGGUGGACUUUGGGAAGGAGCCCCUAGGUCCAGCCCUGGCCCAUGAGCUCCGCUACCCCGGGGGUGACUGCAGCUCUGACAUUUGGGUCUGAAGUCCACCCCGGGUAGCCCCAUCCCACAUCUGAGCCCUCACUUCCUCAGACACCUGGCUUCAUGCUGCUCCCUCUUGGCCCCCACGCCUUGGCAGAUAGUCCCACCAAAGCCAAACAGAGGCUAUUGGGACGUAUUGAGUGGUGUCUUCAUUUACUGACUACCUGUUGCAUGUUGCUCACUGGCUGUUUUUACACAAACUCUUGGAAAUUGCUUUACCAAGAAAUAAACUAUGGAACCUAUUUCUUAGAUCACCUUGUCUUUGGGGGCACAGUCUGUGACCCCGCUUCUGCUGAUCCUUUGUAUCUUGUAUGGGAAAGUCCUGACGAGGACUCCGGGGGACUGACUAGUUCACACCAGGGAUUACAACAUGAUACUGAAGGUCACCAAAUCUCACUUCUAUGGCCAGACAGAAUGUGAAGACUUUGGAGGUGCUUGUCACAAGGAGACCUGAGGGGACAGAGUGUCUACUGGUGUUCCUAAACUUCACUAUUUUUUUCAAUCCAUCCUCCACAGCCUGGAGGCUUUUAGGCCCCCUCUCCAGGAUGGGGCCUCCUGCACUUAACCUCAGCAUGAACAUAUGUCACAUUACAUUGAGACUACCUGCUUAUUCCCAGCACCUGGCUUGUGCCUUAGCACAAAGAAUGCUUUACUGAACAAAUGAAAGUAAGGAGGCAUGUGUGACGCGUGACUUAUGGGGGCCUUGGGAUCUAGUGUGUCUUACUAGACGUUUCUCUCCUAAGUUUGUCCCCUGUCCUUUUCAAUGACCAAACUGCUUCAGAAAGAAAAAGGAUCAUAUCGUUCUACAUCGUAUUUAAAUAUUUCUAAAGGUCUGGGGC